UUUGUUAUUGUUUACAAAUUUUAAUUGCGAAAUUUUUGAGUAAAGUUUAGUGAUUUUAAUCAUUAAAAGCGGUAAAUAAAGAGGUUAGUGACAUUUGAGUGCUGAAAGCAAGCAGCUGUGAUACUAAUUUAACCAAUAUUGUAGCGAACUAAUCAUCAAGGAAUCAAGAUGGGUGAACGCAAAGGUCAGAACAAGUACUACCCGCCAGACUUCUUCAGCAACAAGAAGACGAUGGAGAAGGGACUUGACGCUUAUCAUGGACAUCAUCAACUUCGUGAGCGUGGCAAGAAGGCUCAUUUAGGAAUUUUAGUCAUUCGUUUUGAGAUGCCAUAUAAUAUUUGGUGUGAAGGUUGCAAGAACCAUAUUGGAAUGGGAGUUCGGUACAAUGCUGAGAAGCAGAAGGUCGGCAAUUACUACUCUACGCCUGUUUAUGAAUUUAAGAUGAAGUGUCAUUUAUGCAACAACUACAUUGUCAUCAAGACAGACCCAGCUAAUCUCGACUACACAAUCAUGUCUGGUGCUCGACGACAAGAGAAUCGAUGGGAUCCAACACAGAAUGAGCAAAUCGUACCUGAAACAAAAGAAACUCAACGCCGACUUUUUGACGAUGCUAUGUACAAGCUUGAACAUGGUCUUAAGGACCAAAAGACUUCAGAAGAUGCCAAACCUCAAAUUUGUCGACUGUUCCAAAGGAACGAUGAUGUCUGGAAAGACAAUUUUGAGGCUAAUUUGAAGCUUCGAGCAACAUUCAGGAAGUCAAAGAAGGAAGCUAAGGCAGUUGAAGAUGCUGACAAUAAAAUUUUGUCACGCACGAGUCUGGUUGGGUUGAGUUUGCUGCCUGAGACUGAUGAAGACCGACAAUUGGCUAGCUUAUUGAAGCUGCACAGCACAAAGAGCAUUCAAGACAAGUCACGGGAGAAGUUCAAGGAGAUCAUGGAGAAGUCAGUCCUGCCAAGUUCCACAAUUGUGACUAGCUUUUGUGGUAUGAAGAAGGAGAAGCUUUUGAGUCAGAAACCUGCAAAUUUAGGAAUUGUGAAGAAGAAGGAAGUGGAUCAAGAGCCUGUUGAGAAGAAAAAGAAGGUUGAGGCUGUCACAUCACUUGUUGCUGCUUAUAGUUCAAGUUCGGAUGAAGAUGAAUAAAAUUUUGAAUUUUUCUUGUUUAUUAA